AUGUCCACAGCUGAGGGUCAUCAACUUCCAUUGACUGUUUAUGUCAAUUUGGAUAAGAACUUGAAAGCUACUGGCAAACUUUAUACUGAUGACGGAGUCAGUUUUGAGUAUCAAGAUAAUAAAAAACUAUAUGCCCAACUGUCAUUUACCGAAGAGCACAUGCUGAAAGUGGAUGUUAUCGGGAAGCAAGACAAUAAAGACCUGACGGUUGUCAUAGAAACAAUAGUCAUCAAUGAUUGGAAUCGUACGGAAGUGUCGAUCCAUCAUCACGCCGAUGAAGACGGUAACUUCCUGAGCAAUAUCAAUGUUAUUCAUGCUUUAAGAAAUAACGAAAACAAAAUGUUGUACAAGCUUAGACGCUAAGUUAAGAUUAAAAGUAUAGUUCAAGCUGCAAUUUUGUCAUUCUCUUUAUACAAUUAAUAUAACCCUGUAC